AUCUUGAGUGGUCUGCUGACGAAUCUCCUUUUAAGAAGUUAUGCUCUUAUGUGGUACCAGCUCUGGUUAAAGCUCUAAGUAAGGAAUCAUUGCUUGAGAUUGCGGCAGUAAUUUUGGACUCGUUGGAUGAAUGCAUGAAGAUGUCUGAACAUGUACUAGAUGAAGACCAGACUGACCUGUUCCUAAAAGCGAUAAUGAAUGUUCUGCAAAAGAUUUCAUCUCUUUCAAGAAGCAAAGUUGGGGCUAUUGAAGGAAUAAAUCAGACAUUACCAGAUGAGGAAAAUUGGGAAGAACAGAAAGUUUAUGACAAAGUUUGCAGUUUUUUUAUCUUUAAUUGGAGAUGCCUUGCCACUUAUUUCAAAUUUAAUUAUUUGUAGAUGAUCCUUGAAAUGGGUUCCGUUGCUUGCCUUCUGUUCAUUUCAAUGCAGGCAGCUGCUUGUGUGACCACUUUCAUCGUAACACACAAGAACUCUUUCUUACCAUUCAUCGGCAAGCUUGCACCAUGCAUAGAACUAAUGUGGGUAAAGGAUAGAAUAGUCGAAGAGCGAAGAAUUGCCUUGCAUAUAUUUUGUGAUGUUGCGAAGCAAUUCCAAGAAGAAGCAUUUAGGCGGUGCAAGAUUAUUCUUCUAUUUCUGUUUAAAGCAUGCAAGGAUGAGAACCCCGAAGUUCAAGAGGUAGCUGCGCAGGCAAUUGGUACAGCGGCAGAGUUUGGUGGGUCUGUAUUCAAGUCUUUUCUUAAAGGGGCUGUUUCUGCUUUGAAUGCGGUUAUGGGGCAUCCUAACGCAUUGCAGAUGGAAUAUGUAAUGGCCCAUGAUACUGCUGUUUCUGCUCUAGGAAAAAAUUUGCAGUUCCAUCGUGAAAAACUCAAAGCGGAAAAGGUUUUGAGGAUAUGGUUAGGCCAUUUGCCACUGAAAAAUCAUCUAGAGGAGGCCAAAGUUGUUCAUCGGCAGCUAUGUUCAUUGGUUGAAGUGUCAGAGGGGGAACUUCUACGCACCCAAAAGGCUUAUCUUUCCGAAAUUGUUGCUGUUUACGCCGAGAUCCUGUGGGCAGGCAAGAAGUUAGCUACUGAGGAAACUGUAAACCAAAUGAUCAAGCAAUUGAAACUUCACAGUAGAAGGUCACCCCCUUCUACCUGGAGAUCCAUCAUGCUCUCCCUGGAACCCCAUCUGCAGAAGAAGUUGGAAUCCGUAUUGUCGUCCUAGAUUUCUAUGUGCAAUGGGCAAUGUUGUCUGUCCCUCUUUAAAAUGUUUGUGCUAAUCAACAAGUUUGCUCAUUGCUGCAUGUACAUGAACUAUUCUUAUGUGCAUUACCCCUGACAGUUCCUGGAAUACAUAAAUCGAAGGAAUGAAUCGCUCAUUCAAUCACUUGUUGGAGAGAAAAUGAACAAACACAAAAAAAACAAAAACAUGUUUGGUUGGAGAGGCAGACAUAAAAUAAAUUAGUA